CUCUCAUCUCCCGGGCCAGAGGGGCGCGAGGCUGAGUGACAGGCGGCGAAGAGCGAGCUGGGGCCCGGGAGCAGAGAGAGAGAGAGAGAUAAGGAGGUUCAGAGACAGGAGGCAGGCACAGUCUGCACUGGCAACUUCGACAGUGCGCGUCAGAUGGAGAAUUUCUGAAGACAUCAUGGAGAGUGACAGUGGAAGCAGCCACAUGGAUUACCUUUAUGGUGACCUGCUGCAAGAGGACAGUUUUGUUUCUCCAGCGAAGACUGAGAAUGAAAACUCUGUAGAUAUCUAUGAUGGCCUGGACACAGACUAUCAAGGAGGUGAACAGUCUGCAUCACGUGACACUACAGGGAAGAGUAGACCUGCUAAAGAUUGUUUUGAUCUGUAUGAGGAGAUCCUCACUGAAGAGACAACUGCAAAAGAAAUCUCUUUGAAAGAGUUUCAAGAAAAAUUUAUUGAAAGAGAAAGAAAAGUUGAAGAAUUAUUGAAGAAACUGCAUGAAGUACAAAUCCAGAACUCCACCCUGUCAAAUGAAAAUACCCAGCUAAAGAAGAAUAUAUCAGCACUAAUAAAAACUGCUCGCCUGGAAAUUGUCCGGAAGGAUGAAGAAAUUAAUCGGCUUAACAGAAGGCAGUCACUUAAUUGGAUUGGAAAUCCAGGACUUCGUCAUUACCAUAAGCAACACCACCAUCCCCCUGGGUCGUUCAAUGUUCCAACUACACCACAAACUGACAACAAAUGUCCCAGUCCAAUACUUGACUGUCCAUCCAGACCUGCACACUGCCAGCCUGCUGCUCAUUUAAACAAACAGAGAAAUUGUUUGGAAGGUGGAUCACUCCGAGAUGCAAGCCAACUUUUAGAGCCAAAGGCACAAUGUAGUUUGAAAAACUCUCUUCCCAAUUCUCAGUCAGUCCUGUGUGUGAACUCUUCGAGUAAACUAUCCCCCCACACAGGUAAAGAAUCAGCCCAUCGAAGCAAUGUAUUGAUGGAUAAAGUGAGGCCCUCUCAGAGUGAAGAGAAAAGAAGAGUUGAUAAAAUAAAUGGUGAACAUUUGGGUAAACAUACAAACAUUGAAAAGUUAGACGAUUCUAUCACAGAACUCUCAAACCUUCGGAAAAAAAGCAAAGGAUCCAAUUUUCCAGAAAAGUCUGAUAAAGUUGAGCAAACUUCUCUCAGCAUAAGACCACAUUCUGAAAUCAGAGGCUCAAGCCGUCACACCCCGGAAAAGAAGAGGCAUCACUUCAAUCAAGAUGAACUUAUCAACUGUUCAAAAGAGAGUCUAGAGACAAGAGACAAGAGAACCUAUGCUGAAAAGCAGGAGAGACAUAGAGAGAAAGAUGCAAGAAAAUGUGACCCCAGGGAGAGAGAACAGAAAAUGGGCCAGAAAAAAGAUCAGAAAAGUAAUAGGGAAGUUGACAAAGAUAAGCUAAGAACUGACAAGUUGAGAGGUCACACAAUUGAAAAGGAAAGAGACCCAAUAAAGCGCCAUGAUAAAACAAAAGACUAUUCCAAACUGACGAAACCUGCAAGCCCUCAAAAGCAUUCUAGGCGGAACAGUUGUACAGUAUCGGAGCACACUGUUGGAGAAAGGCGAGACUGCAAAAUUGACGUUAAGAAUUCAGGAAAGGAAAGAAAUGUUGAGGAUAAUGGAGAUCGAAGAAACAAACGUUCAAAAGUGCAUGAUCAUGAGACUUCCAAGGACAGUCCCAAACAAUGUGGUAAAGAUGAUAACAAAAACCUAAAAAAUGAUAAAAUUAAAAAAGACGACAAGAGUAAAUCUGAACAAAAAGAUAGAAGAAACCAUAAAGUUAGCAGGCAUUCUUCAAGGGAUGGAGGGGACUGUGCUAAAAGAGAGAGCAAGCGUCGAGAAGAAAAACAUAAAACCAAGUCAUCUGAGAGUCCUGAAAAUACGACCAAGAGGCCUUGUACGGAUCAGACACCAAAGAAAAAAGAAGAAUCAGUCUGUAAUGAUAGCAUGGCUAACUUGCUCACUUCAGCAGAUGAACAAAGUUCAGUAAGAAACACUGAUCCCAAGUUACAUUUUAUGGAAAAAUUGCAUCUUACUGUUUCUCCGGUGAAAAAGCCAUCCACUAUCCUUUCUGUAGGAGAUGAUGAAAUGCAGUAUAGCCAACUGCUCAGUGAGGAUGAGGUGGUGGAAGUGGCGGAGAAAACAGCAUCUGCAGAGGUCGGCUUUACUUUGGAGAAAAUUUCCAGCCAGUCUGAUGAAGCACAAGCAAUGGACGUAAACUGCGGAUCUACUGAGUCACCUGUGGGAGGAACUCAGACACAAGCAAUGGAUACAAACUGCGAAUGCACUGAGUUAUCCAUGGCAAGAACUGAGAUCCACACUUCUUGGGACACUCCAAAACCAGUGGAACAUGUAGUUAGCCAGAAGGAACCACUUCAGGUUGAAGAGGAGGAAGGUGUUCAAGUCACAUUAAUAGAAAAUGCUCCAGAUCAACCCAUGGAGUGUGACUGCAUUGUAAAUGACUCUGAAAAAUUGGCCUCAGUCGUUGUAGAGACCAUGGGAACUGUGGAAGUAGUCAGUGAAGCAAUUUGUGAAGUGACUGAAAGUGCAAUGCCAACUGUAGAAAUUGAAGGCACUGACCCUGCAGAGGAUGUGCAAUCUGCUAGAAAUGCUUCUGAAGCUGAUGAUGAAUGUGUUAGUAGAAUGAGUGGAAAAUCUCCACGGCCUACAGAAGCUGACUGUGUUUCUGCAGAUGGACCAUGUACAAGUUCAGAUUGUCUAAUCGAACUUGAUAGUGCAGUCAACAGUGAGAAGGUUGUAUCUCUGAAUAUUGUUGAGAAACCUGAAGAUUCGGGGAAGUUUGUGGAUGUCAAGGCAGCAGAUACUGAAGAAUGGACUCGGAAUUCAGAGCCAGAUUUCACUGGUUGUGAGUUGCAGCAGCCAAAUGGAAGUACUGUGUAUUCUUCUUCAACUGUCAAAGAAACACCUGUUGAAAAUAUUUGUAUAGCUGAAGACCAGGAAGAAAAUUCCAUUCAAAGCAUUGACUUUACUUACAUAGGGUCCAUACCGGAACCAAUCAGUCCCUUAACCAGUCCCUUACGGCCUGUUAGGCCUUCAACAUUAGAGACUUCUGGUACACAAAAGGAAAAGGAUGUUGACGACAAGGAUUCUACCCUGAAAGUCCAAGGUGAUUGUCCUUCAAGGAACUACACUCAAGAGCUGAAUAAAAAAGAUCAGGAACCGUUGUGCAAGACUGGAGCAAAGGCAUUGGGCAUUUUGUUCGAGAACUGUUUUUCAGAAGAAAUAGAAGAAGGAGAAAUUGUGAGUGAUGAUGAAGCUUCUGUACCUGAAGUACAGAAACUAGUGAGUGACGUUCAGAUGGAGAAAGAGAACAAUGACAAAGUGAAACGUAAUCCAAGUAAAAGCAGACCCAAAGAAGAAGUAAGAUUGGUAAACUGCUCCUCCGAGGACUUGACCAAAAUAAAGAGUAGUAAAAAACAAAAGAAAUCGGAAAAGGUGACUUCAAAUCAAAAUGCUGAUGUGGAAAUUCUCAACCCCAGUUCUGCAGAAAGAGAUCAGAUUAAGUCCUCGGUCUCAAAUUUGAUGGGAGCCUUAAUGGUGACUCGCAAGACUGUUCGUAAAAAAUACAUGAAGCUCCAUAAACAGUUUGAAAUCCAUAAGUUUCAGCGGAUAGUUGAAAUUGCCUCUGCCGACUUCAUCUCUGUUGUUAAAAGUUCCAAUUUUCCAAAGUCCAGGCGGCCAUUAAAGGCCUCAAUCUGUGCAGAAAUUGAAAACAUUCUGAUGCAGGCUAAGUGCAAUGGGAUUGUAAAUAGCAUUUUCUCACAGCAGGCCCCAAAUAUGAAGGAAAAACUCUGGAUGUUUGUGGACAAGCAAUUUGAUUUUAUGUUUGAAAAGGUGCGUGACAUGUUUAUCUCUUGUGAGAGUAUAAGUCUAGAAUUGGCCUUGGAGGAGAAAAGGGAAGAUGAGAAGUUUAACAAUAAACAGAAGAAAAAUACAGUGGUUAAACAGUUCAAGGACAGAGUUGGCAACAAAUUAUCAAAGUUGAAAGUUUCCCCCCCUCCUUCAGGGCCAUCGUCGACAAAUACCUUGUCAAGCAAAAAGAACUCUGGCAAAAAUAAACCAGCCAAUGAUGACCGGAAACUUAAAGGAACUCCAGUAUUAAACAAGCAUUUGAAGAAGAGUGUAGUAUGUUCAGCUAAUGGUAUCCCCAAGGAAGAUGACCUGAGCACAAAAGGCAAAUAUGAGCUGCCUGUGACUCAGGUGAACUUGGUUGAUCCACCAGCCAGUUCCAACACUGUGAAAGACUGCCAUGAUAAAACAGAACUUGGCAUUCUGACUGAACAACAGGCCUCUACUCUCACAUUUAACUUGGUAAGUGAUGCUCAAAUGGGUGAGAUAUUCAAGUGUUUAUUACAAGGCUCAGACUUUCUGGACCAAGGGAUUACAACUUUGGAAUGUAAUUCCUGGCCUAUCCCAGAUAAGGUACGGCCUGACAUCGGAGCACAGAUCUUGAGUAAUGAUUCCACUUCAGAGAAACCUCCACCAGUGUCUCAGCUGGAUACUGCUACAUGGCCUCCUGUUACGCCAAACACACAUACAGUUGGGUUAAGGCCACCACUUGAUCUGGACAUUCUAGAUGAAAGUUGCAUGCUGGAAAUUCCAGAUAAGGUGAUGCAAACCAAAGAUUCUGUGAUCAGUCCAGGUGACGAUUCACAUCGACAAAGGAUAAUCAAAAGUAGUUCAGUUCCAGAACGUACCUCUGUUCCCUCUAUUCUCAUGGAGGAUUUGGCAGUUUCUCUUACAGUCCCCUCACCUCUGAAAUCAGAUGGGCAGAUCAGCUUCUUAACAUCUCAAAAUGGGGAAUCUCUGCAUGAGGAAGUCAAUAAAGCAAUUUUGACUGCACAUUAUAGUGAAAGUGCUCUUCUUGAUGAAGAGGAUGCUUCAGAGCAAGAUAUUCACUUGGCGUUGGACUCGGAUAAUUCAAGCAGCCAGUCAAGCAAUUCUUCAAUGUGGAACAAACAGGUUUCAGCCUCCUCUUUUCAGUAUCAGCUCCAAACCCCAAUGCAGGCAGUCAUAAUGGAAAAAUCAAAUGAUCAUUUCAUUGUUAAGAUUAGAUGCAGGCCCCCUGAUACCAAAACUAGUCAACAAAGCCCACCUUCUGUGGGAUUUGAGCUGGAACCAAAUAAUGACCUUGGCACCGAGGCAGUCAAUGAGUCUGCAGUGCCUUGCAGCAGCGGGGGUGUAGUGCUUGGUCAGGAUCAGGCACUGUCAGAAUCAAGUCACGAUCAGUCUUUAACUGCAAAACAUCCAGAAGAUAGCAGCAAAAACAUGGAUAAGUUGGAAAUAGAUGCUGAUGUAAAACUAGCUCAUUCUGAGGAAGAUCGGCCAUCAAUUGAAAAGCACAAAAAUGUGGAGCCUUUACUUAAAACUCCCAGGGACAGUGCUGCGAGUGAGAUCUUGACCACAGCAACGUGUACAGAAAUGGUUUCAGGACGUGGUGCUUUGAGUAGCAGGAAGAGGAAGUGUAACGUGAAAGCGGAUUCCACCAUGAAAAGAUCACGAAAGGAGAAUGAGCUUUUGAAAAGCACUAAGAGCAAAAAUAAAGAAAGCAAAUGUAAACGGACAUCCCCCUCUUCAGCAAAGAAAGCUCUCAGCAGCAAAACAGUAGUUACUUCAAAGAAAACAAUGGUAAAUCCUUCCCAGCCUACAACCAAGUCACCAACUAGUCUUCCUGCUAAAAAUGUCAUCAAGAAGAAUGGUGAAGUUGUGGUAAUGUGGACCAGGGAGGAUGAUCGAGCGAUACUGAUGGGUUGUCAACAGAAGGGAGCAAAUGAAGAGACCUUUGGUUACAUCGCUGGAAAACUGCAUCGGUCCCCUGUUCAGGUUUCAGAACGGUUCCAUCGUUUGAUGAAAUUAUUCAAGAAGUCAGGAAACAUGAACAACUGAAAGAUUGUGCAUCUGUCCUUUUGUAUUUCUGUCCUGCCAAGAGCAUUCAAGCAGUUUUGAAGAAAUAUUAAGCCACAGAGAUGGCUGACAACCCACGUUUCAUAUCCAGUGAUUUUUCCAUACUGUUAAACUUAGAAAUGAUUCUUGUGAUUGCAUCUCUGAAGCAUUGAUUUAUGGAGACAUAUCUCAGAAUGGCACACACCAUACAGGAAGGACCUUUGUACCUAAUUAUGUCACCUUUAACCCUGAAAAUCAUCAUUUUAUACCGGACUAGCUGAUGUUAACUUCGCAGCAAGCUCAUUAACAUAUAUCUUAAAUCCCAUGUUUUUUUCAGUUGAAGGUUCAGUGAAAGUGAAUUGAAAAUCUCAAGUUUUUAAAAAUACAUUCUUUGUUCUUGCUGUGUUCCCUCUACAUUCGUCUAUAUUACCAUCAUUUGAC